UUGCAAGCUAGGUUGUAUACAUCCAGCAUGGCCUUAUUAUUAUCUAGAGGAUGAUCCCUCCUACAUCUCGUUCUUUCAGGUCCUUCACGCGUCUCUUCGAGUUCUACAGUCGCGGUUGCAGCUUCAUUUUGUCCAUCUAGGACAAAGUAUUGUAAAAGUCAGCAAUUGCCAUCACAUACAGUAUCAAACAAAGCUAGUGUCUUGCCACCCUCACCCUCGGACACCUUUGGCUUUUGCUUUGGCCCCACCUCUCAAGAUGGCUGAAAAGAACAACAGCAACGAACAGCUCGAAGAGCGCAAUGGCAGCAACGAGGAGAAGCAGACAGGAGUCAAGCCAACUGGCGAUGCUGCCGAAGUUGAGGCCAACCAAGUCUUGACUGAGUUCACCGAAGAAGAGGCCAGAACGAUAAUUCGAAAGGUUGACUUCCGCUUGGUUCCGUUACUCUCAAUUCUGUAUCUGAUUGCCUACGUCGAUCGAAGCAACAUUGGAAAUGCCAAAAUCGCUGGCAUGUCUGAUGACCUGAAAUUGACUGGCAAUCGUUACAAUGUAGCGCUCACCGUCUUCUUCGUUCCCUAUGCACUUUUCGAAAUUCCCAGCAACAUCGUGCUCAAGCUAAUCCGCCCAUCCAUCUGGAUCCCCAUCCUCGUCUUCUCUUGGGGUACAGUCAUGACUCUAAUGGGCACCGUAUCAACCUACCACGGGCUCGUUGCUGCCCGUUUCUUCCUCGGUGUCGCUGAAGCAGGUUUCUUCCCAGCAGCAACAUACCUCCUCACAAUCUGGUACCAGCGCUACGAAGUCCAACGUCGUAUGUCUGUCUUCUACGCCGCCGCAUCUCUCUCGGGCGCCUUCUCCGGCCUCCUUGCCUACGCCAUCGAGAAGAUGAAAGGCAUUGCUGGACUUGGUGGCUGGAAAUGGAUCUUCAUCCUCGAGGGCCUUGUUCCCGUUGUCGUCGCACUCACGCUCUACUUCUUCCUCCCUGAUCGACCAGAGACCGCAAAGUUCCUCACCGAAAGAGAGCGUCUGUUCGUCGUCGACCGCAUCGCGCUCGGCACUGGCUCAGGCCGUGGCCGCAUCACAAACGCAGACAAGGUAUCAUGGGCCAACACCAAGGUUGCUUUCUCGGACUGGAAGGUCUGGAUGGCCAUCAUCCCAUUCUGGGCUUGCAGCAUUGGCACCUACGGCUUCACUGCGACAGUCCCUACCGUGCUCAAACAAAUGGGCUACACCACUGGCAAGGCACAACUCUUGACCAUUCCGAUCUAUGUGGUCGGCAUGACGGCUACCCUCAUCGUUGCUUUCUGGUCUGACCAAAUCCAGCAGCGCACCCCCUUCAUCAUGGGUGGUUUCGCAAUUGCAGUCGCAGGCUUCAUCGGCGAGCUCGCAGUCCCUCAUCCCCACCUCCCCGGCGUGACAUAUUUCUUCCUCUUCCUAGUUGCCGCAGGACUGUACUGCCCCUUCACUGCCGUCGUCACGUUGGUCGGGAACAACCUCGCGCCAUCAUCCAAACGUGCUGUCGGCAUGGCUCUUCUCAUCUCCAUUGGCAACCUUGGUGGUAUCUGUGGUAGCAACAUCUACUUUGCGGCUGAGGCGCCUAAGUACCACACUGGUUUUGGGGUGAGUUUGGCCAUUUGUGCGGCUGGCAUUCUGGCGGCGUGGAUUUUGAGGAAGGCAUAUCAGAAGGAGAAUCGAUUGCGGGAUGAGCUGUUGGAGAGGGAGGGCGAGGAAGCCAUCCGUGCGAAGUAUACGGAACAAGAGCUGUUGGAUCUGGGUGAUUUGAGCCCGUUCUAUCGUUAUACCAUCUAAAUGAUUAGCGGGAAGAUUUCAUUGGAAGCAAGAUGUUGUUGAAGACGAAUAGGGCGACGAUGUUUGGAGGAGUUUGUCGUGUUUGGGUGCUUUGUUGGAUGAUAGGAUGAUAUUUAAUUGCAAUUGAAGCUUUAAUUUCUAUCCUCAUUGUAUCACGUUCUCGUGUCUUCUUUGCCUGCUCGCAUUCAACGAUAAUUGCAGGCAUAGCGCAGCUCGGAGCCUCCGCUACCUGAUACUCCAACGGGGUUUGUGGUGUGAGAGUAGGAGGAUGGCACAGGACUUUCGUGGUCCGUAAUUGGAAUAGAUCAAGUAUUGUAAGGCGAUGUACAGAAUCUCACGACCUGGAAUUGGGAACCAAAUUUCGACAUGGCCCGGCACUGCCUCCGCUCAAGUCCGUGACAUUUUCGCCAUACAAUAGUUCUUCG